CACCCUUGACAAUUUAAGAAGGAUUCAAGUAAAUUAAAGUAUCGUGUUCGGAUUUUGGUGCAUGUGAACAAUGUUGUGAUAAUAUUGGAACUGUGAUUGUUUGUGCCGACAUAAUUAUACAUCAACUGUUCGAAAUGAAUACUGUACGUCGAAUGAUAUGGAUAUUGGUUGUACCUUUAUUUAUCGGGAAAGGCUGCUGUCAAGAAGGUUAUCUCAAUCAUGAUCUUCUCCGACUACAACAGUAUUCUGGCAAUGAAGGCCAAGCUGAAAGCUUUACUGGUUAUAGUCCCAAUUUUGGACAAAGAGAACCGAACAGUCAAUUAACUUCAGUAGGCGCGCAAUACCCAAACGAAGAUGCCUACAAUCCUGGUGAAUAUAGUCGCGCCGGAAGAAGCAGAAAGGUGUACAGAAUCAAAAAUCCCUUUCAACAUCAGGAAGACGAACGAUCCUUACAUGACACAAAUAUAUCACAGGACAGCGGCACAGCAGCUAGUAGUCAGUAUGGAGCACUGCAGUAUUCUUUACCACCCGAAGAAUUCCUUCAACAAAUGAGAGCAGAAAGCCAAUAUCAACAACAACAGCAGCAACAACAGCAACAACAGCAACAACAGCAACAGCAACAGCAACAGCAGCAGCAGCAGCAGCAGCAGCAACCUCAACAACAAUUUUCUACACAAGUAUCAGUUACACCGUACACCGCCACUCCUCAGCCACAAUACCAGUACUCAACGCUACCAGCUUCAAAUUAUGACAUCAAUCAACAAAUGAGUCAGGUUUCUACAGUAGAACCUAAAUCAUUCACUUCGGGUUACCAAUCUAACACAAAUGCUUAUCAGUACAAUCAAAACUCAUAUAACCAGGAUAAUGUCCAUAGUACACCCCUGCCACCCUACUUAUCAACAUUGCCAAAUAAUCAGUAUUUAGGUACUCCUGCUAAUAAUUAUGUUUCUAGUUCAUCUUCACUCUAUGUUUCAAGUCCACAAACUUCACAGCAGUACGUAUCUUCUCCGUUUUCAAAUAUUCACUCUGGAAAUUAUGAUUAUAACAAUAAUAGAGUUACAACUGUUGGUAACUCCCUUAAUUAUGACAACAGCAAUGACGCAAGCAAAAGAAUGCAAAUAGAUCAUUAUGACAAUGCUGCGAAUGGAAUACGAUAUCCCAGUGUGCAUGGUCAAUAUCAAAAUGAUUUUCCGUCAACAACUGUAUCACCAACCUCAACACCAUAUACUGAAACUCCACGUGAUUUUUGGCAAACUUCCUUAAAUGCCGGUUACAGUGCAUUGUCUAAACCAGAGCAAAGUUAUCAAACACAAUAUCAAAAUUAUAGAUAUAAUCAGCAAGAGGGCAGGUAUGACACAGAUUCAUCAAAUAAUGAUAACCAUCGGACUGGCAGUUUACCCUCCGCUAAUAAUUUAUUUUUAAACUUCGUUCAACCUGAUUACCAGUUUCUGAAUAGCUUAAAAGACCGCGCGAGAGAUGUUAAGACAGAAUUAGGCCAACCAGAAUAUUCUCUCGGUGAUUACGGUUGGAAAUUGUCUGAUAAAAAAUCUUCACUUGAGCCAGAAAUAUCAACAAACACAAAUUUCUUUAAAUAUCAAAUACAUAGCGUGCAACCUGACACUGGAGCAGUAAGUCAAGUGAGUUUUCAAAUGGAUUCGAGAAAACCUUAUACUUUCGAUCAGAAUACUAAACCAGUCACAGAAAAAACAGAAGCAGAAGAAUUCACAAAGGCAGCAGCAAAAGCACAUGAAAAUUAUAAACAACAACAAUUAGAAUCUAGUAAAUAUCUCACUAAUACUCAGUAUAAUGGAAAUUCAUUGGCAAAUGCCUAUGCACUUAAUUCAUAUCACAAUAAUGAAAAACAAAGAAAUAAAUACUAUAGUGACCAACCAAAUUCACUCGGGCAUUCACAAGGUGAACUUGUCACAGCAUCUCCAUUCUUUUAUAUGAAUACAAAAGACACGGUAGACAGUUCACAAAAACAACCUUUUGAUCAUGAUAAAGCUUUAAAGAAUAUUGUUCCCAUAGACGUAUCAAACGUCGUACAGAAUUCUGAAUCUCAAGCAAAAUUCGAAAUUGAUUUAAAUAAUAGGUAUAGUUUUCCUAGCUUCAAUAAAGAGCUUUCGGAGCAAAACUUGAAGCCUUAUUCGAGACCUGAUCCUUAUUAUAAAGAUAGAGACACAUUAUAUGCAUUGAAUUUAAAAUCUAAAUACGAUGAUUCCUUAGACAAGUUUAAGCAUCUUGAACAGAGUUUACCAUAUUACGCAAAAACUCAAACACCAGAGGCUACUUAUAAUUAUGGAUCAAACUCAGGAAAUAAGCGUUUCGUAAAUGAUUCACCACAAUCUAGUUUUUCCAAUCAAAUGUCUAAUAACCACCAAGAUAAUACCCAUUCAUCAGCAAACGUUCACCAGCAAGGAGUACAACGACCGACAUAUUCAUCGGAUAUUUUAAAAUUUAAUGAUAUACCAUAUCGACUAACACAAAGUUUACAUAAGAAUAACUUUGAGCAAUCCAAUAUACCCACUCCUUUACCUAUGCGAAUCAAUCAAAAUGUCGAUAACCAUAACGUAGACUUUACUGCAGAAAUUCUUGCAAAAUUGCUAUCCAAUAAACAAAAUAUGAAUAGACCCGAAAUUGACUCUCAAGCUAACAAUUUCCUUUCAACUAUUAAUGGUUUUAGAGUAGCCAAUCCAUUCAAUGUAGACCUUAAAUUAGUCGCAGAAAUGUUAAAAGGAAAACCAGCUGUUGAUGAUACCCAAAUGAUUUCAUUACGAGAUAUGAAUAAACCGUUACCUAUGACAUUUGAUAUUUCGCAAUUACAGCAACUAAUGCAGCUGAAGAAUGAAAAUAAUAUGCUGAGCUCUAGUGGAAGUCUUGGUUCCUAUUUAGAUAUGUACAAUAGUGGACGCCUACCUUAUCAGGGUGUUAAAUAUUCACGUAGUGAAGAAGACACGGAAAAUAUUCCUAUAGCAGACUCAUCGAGUAACCAUCCCAUAGGUGCUGUAGUAGAAGAAGAUGCAGUUAAUGGGCAGGAAGUGUCAGACUUAACGGAAAAUGCUGAAGAUACAAUAUCUACCAAUACAGAUGAUGAUAUACCCAAAAGUACAUUUAGCUCUCACAAAACACUCGGAGAAAGGCAUAGACAUUUGAGCAGUUCACGCUUAAGCCGUCAUUCUUAUAAAAGGAAAUAUCCUAAAUCGGAAGUUGAAGAACCAUAUCCAUUACUUAAACCUCCUCCACCUCACAGUUCACGAUACAGAGGACCACAUAUAAAAGAGAAAAAUAGUCAUCGCAGAAGAGUUCAUAAACCUAAAAUGCUUCGAGUAUACAAAACAGAACCUUUAUUCGAAAGUGAUGAUAUUGCCCACCUUAGCAAUGUGAAGCGUUCCCUAACUGUACCGGAAGAAAAAUCUGAUGAAGAAAGCGCGUAGAGUAAAUGUUUAUUCUUAAACUAAAAUAUAUUUGUCAUGUUUGUAAUAUUAUGUACAUAUUUUUAAGGUACACCAAAUAUACAACCAGCAUCUACAAUGACAGUUGUAUUGAAUAUUUGAAAUUGAAUCUUAUAUUAAAUGAUCAUCUUGAAUGGUAUUGAGAACUUGUUUUCGAACAAGUAUUCUGUAAAUGUAAAUACGAGCAGUUUUUAUCUUAAUUUUAAUUUGGUUUCGAAACGAUGGGUGCUACAAAUUAAAUAGCAUACCUAUAUUGUUUAUGGCAUUUAUUAACAAAGAUUUUGUUGUAUUUAAGCUUUAC